UCAUAAUUCAUAUGUGCAUAUUCAAGAAAAUGGGUAAUGCCGUAGUGGUCCCUAUGGUGUGUGUUGCUCUCAACAAUCAGGUCCACUGAAUCUCGAAAAAAAGCCGAUAAAAACAGAAAAUAAAGGCAACAAUUCGAAAAGAGAGAUGCUGAUAUAAAUGGGUCUGUAGAAGAAAGAUCCCAAUGGAAUAAUUCAAGACAAAAACAAAUGAAGGAUUAUUAUACAUCAAAUUAUCGCGUUUAUUGUCUUCUAAAAUUUAAAAAAAAAUUUGCAGGGUAUUAUAAAUAUCGAGAGUUGUGGAACCGGAUACUGGAUAAUCUCAUCGAUUCAAAUUCCUCUUGCAAUUAUAUUCACUUUCGUAAUUCUAAACAGUAGAAAGAGUCGUAAGAAUACUGCUUCAAAUACUCCUCAGGAAAAUGGAGAAUGUGAAACAAGAAACGGGCUAAAUGGGAAGCUCGUUUUUCCCUUAAUGGCACUAUUAGCUGGCAUUCUUGGUGGAGUAUUUGGAAUUGGAGGUGGCAUGCUUAUAAGUCCACUUCUUAUCCAAAUCGGAAUGCAACCCGAAGUGACAGCAGCAACAUGUUCGUUCAUGGUAUUAUUCUCGUCGUCCAUGUCAGCAAUGCAGUACUUACUGCUGGGAAUGGAUUACAUUUACGGUGCCCUAAUCUUGUCAGCGGUUUGUUUCGUGGCUUCGUUGAUUGGGUUGACUUUGGUCCAACGAGCUGUAAUGAAACACGGGAGAGCGUCUCUUAUAGUGUUCUCGGUAGGUACAGUGAUGGCUCUAAGUACCGUUUUGAUGACUAGUUUCGGAGCUGUGGCUGUUUGGAGUGACUACACUAGUGGUAAGAGUAUGGGGUUCAAGAAACCAUGCUAAAAAUAAAUAAAUAAAAUUAAAUCUUUUUUAUUGUGUGUUAUUUUGGAACAAUAAGUACUAGCUUGUAGCAUAAUAAGUAAGCUUCUUACAUCUAAUGUACUUCAAAGGUGAUUAGCAAUUUAAAACAAAAAAAUUGUGUUCCAAUUCA